UAGCGCGGUCCUGCGCUCUUCUCCCGCCGGUGGCACCGCCCGGACGUCGGCUGGUCCUGCCCUUGGUGCCCGGUGCCCCCUGCGGACCCCCUCCCCCGGGCGCUCCUUCCUCUCCCGAUUGAGAAGCCAUGGCCAACCAAUUCCAGGGCGGGAGGUACCGGGGCUCCAUCAAUGAGUAUGGUGAUUUUGAUGCUAACCAGGAUGCUGAGGCCCUGUACAGUGCCAUGAAGGGCAUAGGCAGUGACAAGGAGGCCAUAUUGGAGCUGAUCACCUCCCGGAACAAUCGCCAGAGGAACGAGAUCUGCCAGAGCUACAAAUCCCUCUAUGGCAAGGACCUCAUCGCGGACCUAAAGUAUGAACUGACCGGGAAGUUCGAGCGGCUGAUCGUGGGCCUCAUGAGGCCUCUGGCUUACUUCGAUGCCAAGGAGAUUAAAGAUGCCGUCGCGGGGAUCGGCACCGAUGAGAAGUGCCUGAUUGAGAUCCUGGCCUCCCGGACAAACCAGCAGAUUCACCAGCUAGUGGCGGCCUACAAAGACGCGUACGAGCGAGACCUGGAGGGAGACGUCAUCGCCGACACCUCUGGCCACUUCCAAAAGAUGCUCGUGGUGUUGCUUCAGGGCACACGGGAGGAAGAUGACGUGGUGAGCGAAGACCUGGUGCAGCAAGAUGUCCAGACCCUGUAUGAAGCUGGGGAACUGAAAUGGGGAACAGACGAGGCCGAGUUCAUCUACAUCUUGGGAAACCGGAGCAAACAGCACCUGCGGCUGGUGUUUGACGAGUACCUGAAGACCACAGGGAAGCCAAUUGAAUCUAGUAUCCGCGCUGAGCUGUCUGGGGACUUCCAGAAGCUGAUGCUGGCCGUGGUGAAGUGCGUGCGCAGCACUGCUGAGUAUUUUGCCGAAAGACUCUUCAAGGCCAUGAAAGGCCUGGGAACGCGGGAUAACACCCUGAUCCGGAUCAUGGUCUCCCGCAGCGAGCUGGACAUGCUGGACAUCCGGGAGGUCUUCCGGACCAAGUAUGAGAAGUCUCUGUUCAGCAUGAUCAAGAAUGACACCUCUGGGGAAUACAAAAAGGCUCUGCUGAAACUCUGCGGGGGAGACGAUGAUGCCGCUGGCCAGUUCUUCCCCGAGGCAGCACAGGUGGCUUAUCGGAUGUGGGAACUUAGCGCGGUGGCCAGAGUGGAGCUGAAAGGAACAGUGCAUCCGGCUGUGGACUUCAAUCCCGAGGCGGACGCCAAGGCCCUGCGCAAAGCCAUGAAAGGACUUGGAACCGAUGAAAGCACCAUCAUUGACGUCCUCACCCACCGGAGCAAUGCCCAGAGGCAGGAAAUCCGAAAGACGUUCAAAUCCCACUUUGGCAGGGACCUGAUGGCCGACCUGAAGUCGGAGAUUUCGGGCAACCUGGCCAGGCUGAUCCUGGGACUCAUGAUGACGCCAGCCCAUUACGAUGCCAAGCAGCUGAAGAAGGCCAUGGAGGGCGCUGGCACGGACGAACAGGCACUCAUUGAAAUCCUGGCCACUCGGAACAACCAGGAGAUCGAGGCCAUUAACAAAGCAUAUCGGGAAGACUACCACAAAUCCUUGGAGGACGCCCUGAGCUCAGACACGUCGGGCCAUUUCAGAAGGAUCCUUGUCUCCCUGGCAACGGGGAACCGAGAUGAGGGACCGGAAGAUCGGGAUCAAGCUCAGGAAGAUGCCAAGGUUGUCGCUGAAAUCCUGGAAAUUGCCGACACCUCCACCGGGGACAAAAAUUCCCUCGAGACGCGUUUCAUGAGCAUCUUGUGCACUCGGAGCUACCAGCACCUCCGGAGGGUGUUCCAAGAGUUCAUCAAACUGACCAACCAUGACGUGGAGAACACAAUCAAGAAGGAGAUGUCAGGCGACGUGCGGGACGCGCUGGUGGCUAUCGUACGGAGUGUCAAGAACAAGCCCCUCUUCUUUGCUGACAAGCUGUACAAAUCCAUGAAGGGGGCUGGCACGGAUGAGAAGACACUCACCCGGAUCAUGGUCUCCCGGAGCGAGAUUGACUUGCUGAACAUCAGGAGGGAGUUCAUCGACAUGUACGACAAAUCGCUGCACCACGUCAUUGAGAGUGACAACUCCGGGGACUACCUCAAGGCCCUGCUAGCGCUCUGCGGAGGAGAGGACUAGCCAGCCUGGGAGCGGCUGAG